UGUUUCUGUAGCACUUAUGGAAAACAGUAUAAUAAAGGGGGAAAAUAACAGAAUCUGCUGCGAAUAAAAGCAGGUAUUUGAUGAGGCUCCGCCGCCGAAGCGCCCAGUUUCAUCCAGGAAGGUGUGCAAGGCGGUCCGAGUGAGGAUGCUGAAGAUGUGCAGGUAGUGCUCUUGACGAUCCAGGGGACGCCAUGUCAGAAGAGGCGAUCUCGGAGAGCGACCUGGAGCCCAGCCUGAACAGUGAAGAGGAGGAGGACGAGGAUAUGGAAGAGGAAGGUGACGGGGAGAACGGCGCUGACGACGACGACAGAGACGGAGACGAUGAAGAAGAAGAAGACGAUGACGACGAUGCAGACCGGUCCAUGGAGACGGAGGAGAGGAUGGGCAUCCCCAGCCCCGCCCGUUCUUCAUGUUCGGGGAGCUCCGCCCCUUCCUCCAGAGCUCCAUCGCGGUCCUCGUCGAAGUCCGCGUCGCGCCCUUCGAGUCCGAACGGGUCACGGGGCGCCUCCUCGGCCGCCGGCUCCGCCUCCAAGAGGAAGUCAAAGAAGAAGAGCUCCAAGCCGGCUAAACCCGCACACAUGAGGAGGAACAUCAGGAAGUUACUGGAGGAGCAUCAACUGGAGCCAGGAACUAAAGCGGCACAGCAGGAGGAGCUGGAGAGGAGAAAACGUCUGGAGCAGCAGAGGAAGGACUAUCCUUUACCGGCUGUGGACUUGUCCUCCUUGGCAGCUGUUGCUAAGGGCGAGGUGAUUUGCCUGGACAGCAGCGGAGAUGAGGGGGAGUCCAGAGGAUCUGCACCUCCUCCCAAACCAGCACCCAGAGAGGAUGUGAUCGAGCUGAGCUCAGGUGAUGAGGAGAUGUUCCACAUCAGUGAGGAGGAGGAGGACGAGCGCUCCACGUCGCCCGGGACGGAGGAGAGCAGCGGCUCGCACAUUAACGACGCCCUGAACCAGCCGGACGCUCAGGGCAGAGUGUUGGUCAACAUCAACCACCCGGCCGAGGAGGACGAUCUGUUCCUCGCCCCGCAGCUCGCCCGGGCUGUCAAACCUCACCAGAUCGGCGGGAUCCGGUUCCUGUACGAUAACCUGGUGGAGUCUCUGGAGCGCUACAAGACCAGCAGCGGGUUCGGCUGCAUCCUGGCACACAGUAUGGGCCUGGGCAAAACCCUGCAGGUCAUCUCCUUCAUCGACAUCCUGCUCCGACACACAGGAGCCAGGACCGUCCUCGCCAUCGUGCCUGUGAACACUCUGCAGAACUGGCUAGCAGAGUUCAACCUGUGGCUGCCCUCAGUGGAGUCCCUUCCACCAGACACAGAUCCGGCCCAGGUUUCCCCCCGGACCUUCAAAGUGCACCUCCUGAACGACGAGCACAAGACGACGGUGAGCCGGGCGAAGGUGGUAGAGGAGUGGACGCGCGGCGGCGGCGUGCUGCUGAUGGGGUACGAAAUGUACCGGCUGCUCUCUCUGAAGAAGAGCUUCGUCGCCGGCCGCAAGAGGAAGUCGAAAAAACCCGCCGGGCCGAUUAUCAUCGAUCUGGACGAGGAGGACCGGCAGCAGGAGCUCAUGAAAGACAUCGAGAAGGCGCUGUCGCGGCCCGGCCCGGAUGUGGUGAUCUGCGACGAGGGUCACCGCAUCAAGAACUGCCACGCCAGUACGUCACAGGCGCUGAAGAACAUCCGGUCGCGGCGGCGCGUGGUGCUGACCGGCUACCCGCUGCAGAACAACCUGCUGGAGUACUGGUGCAUGGUGGACUUCGUGCGGCCCGACUUCCUGGGGACGCGGCAGGAGUUCAGCAACAUGUUCGAGCGGCCGAUCCUGAACGGACAGUGUAUCGACAGCACGCCGCAUGACGUCCGCCUCAUGAGAUACCGCAGCCACGUCCUGCACAGCCUCCUCGAGGGCUUCGUCCAGAGGCGGGGUCACGAUGUUCUGCGCAUGCAGCUUCCCAUUAAGGACGAGCAUGUGAUCCUGGUGCGUCUCUCCCCCCUCCAGAGGGCGCUCUAUAAAGAGUUCAUGAAUCGUUUCCGCGAGGCGGGGAACAGCGGCUGGCUCGGUCUCAAUCCGCUUAAAGCCUUCUGUGUGUGCUGCAAGAUCUGGAACCAUCCUGACGUUCUGUAUGAGACGCUACAGAAGGAGAACCUGGUCAACGAGCAGGACCUGGACCUCGAUGACCUGAACGCCCCGGCAACAGCCCGCUGCCCCGCCCCGGGGUUAAAGGGCAAGACCUCAGACGGCGCAGGCGCUAAGGGGACGCUUGCACCUCUGCAGGAACGAGCCAAUCAGGUCAUCACCUACGAAUGGGCGAAGGAGAUCAUGAGCGGGUACCAGACAGGCGUGCUGGAGAACUCUGCUAAGAUGGUUCUGCUCUUCCAUCUGAUUGACGAGAGCGUCAGCCGAGGAGACAAAAUCCUCGUCUUCAGUCAGAGUUUGUCCACGCUGUCGGUGAUCGAGUCCUUCCUGACUGUGAGGUCGAUGCCCAUCAAAAUGGACAACCAGAGGCAGAACUGGCUCCGUGGUGUCAACUAUUACAGGUUGGACGGCAGCACGUCCGCCUCAGAGAGAGAGAGACUCAUCAACCAGUUCAACGACCCGGCGAACACCGCGGCCUGGGUUUUCCUCCUGUCCACCAGGGCGGGGUGUUUGGGUGUGAACCUGAUCGGGGCAAACCGGGUCGUGGUUCUGGACGCUUCGUGGAACCCGUGCCACGAUGCGCAGGCCGUGUGUAGAGUGUACCGCUACGGCCAGCACAAACCAUGCUACAUCUACAGGCUGGUGUGUGACUUUACCCUGGAGAAGAAGAUCUACGACCGGCAGGUGUCCAAGCAGGGCAUGUCUGACCGCGUGGUGGACGAUCUGAACCCGGUCCUGACCUUCACGCGUAAAGAGGUGGAGUCUCUGCUGCACUACGUCGAGGAGGAGCCUGAUCCCAGCCAGCUGUCGCUGCUGCCUCACAAGGGCGCCGAGGCGGUCAUCGAAAACGCUUGUCUGCGCUACCCUAACCUCAUCACCAAGCCACCGUUCCAGCACGAGUCUCUGCUGAUGGACCGCAAGGACCUGAAACUCACCAAGGCAGAGAAGAAGGCGGCUAAGAAGAGCUACGAGGACGAGAAGAGGGCGUCGGUUCCCUAUCAGCGCCCGUCCUACGCCCACUACUACCCUGCCAACGAGCAGAGCCUCUCCAACAUCAGGAACUGGUCAGCACUUCAGACACACACGAGGCCGGUGCCGCGGAUGGACGAGAAGCCGAUCGCCAGCGUGCGGCCCGUGCAGUCCACGCCCAUUCCCAUGAUGCCUCGCCAGGCCGCCAUCGGGGGCCACGCCUCCAGCCACGCCUUCCCUGUGAACUACCUGCAGAAGGCCGGCGUCCUCGUCCAGCGCAUCAUCACUACCACUGAUAUCGUGAUUCCUGGCACGAACAGCUCGACGGACGUGCAGGCGAGGAUCAGCGCCGGAGAGAGCAUCCAUGUCAUCAAGGGAUCCAAAGGUACGUACAUCAGGACUAACGAUGGGCGGAUCUUUGCGAUCCGCUCCGGAAAGCCCCGAGCCAAUGAUGGAGCUGCUUCUGCAUCACAAGACGUGGGCGGGUCUCUCCUGCGCUCAGUCAGUAACGGCCGCGCGUCUCCUCCCGAGCUGAAGCGUUUCUCUCCGGACGCCGUGCGCCGCCCGUCUCCCUCCUCCAGUCCCAACCUGCUACACCAGCUCCAUCAUUACACUCCCGCCGCCGCGGGCAACGACCUCACGCUCUCCGACCUCCCGGACCGCCCCGCCCAGCACGGCCACGCCUCCGAGCCCCAGCGGCGUGACGACGUCAUCGGCUCCGGCGGCUCCGCCCUCGACACGCAAAGCCUGAAGAGGAAACUGCUUUCAGACUCGCGGGGCUCCAAACGGACCACCGGCACCACGGCCUCCGCUGCUGCUAAUUACCCAGGAUUCCCCGUGAGCGCUGGCUUCCCCAUGGGGUCGAUGGGAUUUUCCCCAGCCCUGCUAGGGGCUCUGGGUCACAUGACGGCACCUAUGGUGGGCGGGACCAACCGAGGUCACUUUCUGAACGAUUUACAAAACGUGUUCCCCGCCGGCGCUUCAUCGACCAGCCUCGCUGCUUCCUCCUCUUCCUCCUCAGCGCCUUCAUCCUCCUCCUCCUCUUCGUCGUCCGCGUCCUCCAUUCCACCGUUCCUCUUUAACCCCAGUAUGGCGAGCAUGCUGUCCGGGUUUUCGAUGCCCUACGCUCAGCCUCUGCUUCCAGACUCGUCCAGAAUGUUCUCCAAUUCCUUGUCAUCGUCCGGCUCCGCCCCUGCCGCACCCUCUUCCUUCCUGUCACCAUCCAGCCUGCUGGGGGCGGCCCUGAGUCGACCCGACACGCACCACCCGCUCGCCGAGAACGGCGGGAGUAGCUCUGACGAUGAUGUCAUCGAGGUGAUCGGGCAGUGAGUGAGCGAGCGAUUGGGUGAAAAUCUCAUCUCGUCUUAUCUCAUUGGUCCAGGGGUGAAAGUGGGUGGAGCUAAACGUUGAUAUGACACUAAAGUCAGCGGACUGACGUUUUUACGAACACAAGGGGACCAUAACACUGCUCUUCCGCAAAAAGAAGAAGAAAAAUACAAAAAAUAAAUAAAAAUGUAGGUCGGCUAGUUGUGUCUCUGAAACGUGUUUGGACGACUAGCGCGACUCUUUCCAGGCAGCAACCGUUACAAAAACAACAGACUUCUUUUAGAGACUUUUUUCGCUGUUUGAUAGAAAUCGUAGCAUCAUUUAGACAAAGGGAGAAAAUUGUGAGCUGUUUAUUUUUUAUUUAUGAACUCGCUAGCAUUUCUUUUUUUUCUUUUUUUUUGUCGUACUCUGCGGUUUUAAAAAAAAAUCACGAACGAGACAGAACAAGCCAUUUUUUUUACGUUUCAGUUUUUGGCCUUUUUAUUAGGAAAACCAGUAGACAGGUGCUGAUUUAUGUUGUUUCGAUUCACCGCAACGUUUAAAACGCACAAUAUUGUUGUAGGAAUUAAAGCUCAAGGCAGCGUUUUGUUUUGUUUUUUACGAGCCAGUCCCAGACUUAUGAUUGAUUGCUCUGACUUGAGGUCCUGUUUUGUUGUGUUGUGAUAUAACGGUUAAGCGUUUAUGCGGUUGCAGUGAUUAUCGGCGCGCGCCUGACGGAAGCUUAAAGAAUGUAACUUCAUGUUCGCCUUCAGAGCCUCGUAGCGGAGGGGCGGGCGGGAGUUGGGGUCGAGCAUUCAGCGGGACUCCCGUAGUAGGUCGUUUGUCCUCCCCGUGACGCGGCUCGGACGUCCGUGUCGACUGUUACCUCGUACCCCGCUUGGACGUAUGUGCGCACUUUUUUUUUUUUUUGUUUUGUUUUUUGUCUUUAAUGUGACCAAAGUGUGAAAAUGUUCCCAAAAUCAUUAACAAUAUCAUCAACCAAUCACUGUCCGUUCUCACAGGAAUGUGUUUUUCAGACUCCGCCCAUCACGACUGUCCCCACCUCCUGAUCCCUUGGUUUUUACCUCUUUUUU